GUUGCGAGUCAAAUGAGCACAAAGUAGUAACGGAACAUCGAAUAUACGGUCAAAGCGCGUUAAAUUUAUUUCGAUUUCUCAGUGAAAAUUCACAUAAUUGUGCAAAAAUGUUAAAAACGAUAAUAAUAAAGUUGGCAGUUGUGAUUUGUGUUUUAAUCAAUCUCUGCACCAAGACAACAGCAAUACCGAUUUCCGAACAGGAAGAAGCUUCUCACCGACUUCAUAAGGCACACGGUAUCUGUAUUCAAAACAUUACUUCGCCCACAUCGACAGACGACGAUACGAGUACCAGACAAUUAGCAGGCGCCUAUGUACGCUGCAUUGCAACCAAUGUGGGUCUAUGGAACGAUGCCACGGGCUACAAUGCCAAACAAGUGGCGAAAUUCUUCAUUAAAGAACGCAAUGAAAACGAAGUGAUGACCUUGGUGGACUAUUGUAAUCAAAAACACCGGCAAACAGAUUUGAAUUUGUGGGCUUACGAGGCGUAUCGUUGCGCGACGGCAGGACGAAUGGGUGCUUGGUUAAAUGCUUACGUGCGGAGUGCAAAAUUAUAAGAGAGUUAAAAUUGGAGCUCAAAUAUAUAUUUAUAUAAUUUAUAAUAUAUGUAUUAUUACUUUUUUAUUUUACAAUUAAAAUCAUAUUUAUUAAAUUGA